AUGUUUAGAAAUAUAUUGAGUUGGUUUGAUUCAACACCACAACCACCACCACAACAGCAAGAGCAACAACCAGAACAACCAUUGGAACCACCAAAGGUAGUAUCAAAAAAUGAAGCCAGAAUAUUGACAGAUCAAUUACCAGCACCAGAUUCACAAAGAUCACAAAGAUAUGAUAGAAUUAAUAAUAAUAAAAAUAACAACAAUAGUAAUGUUGAUCCAUUAGGAAAUAAAGAUAUUUUUAGUUCAUCUCCAUCAACCUCAACAACAACAACAACAAAAUCAUCUUCAACAACAACAACAACAACAACAUCAUCAUCAUCAAAUAAACAACAACCAUUAUAUGAAGAUGAACCACCAUUAAUUGUACAUGAAUUAACAUCAAAAGGUAAAAGACCACCAUCACCAAUAUUUAAAGAGGAAUCAUCAAGUCAAUUAAUUUUAGAUACAUGGGAAAUUAAUUCAUCAGAUGAUGAAUCAAAUUCUAAAAAUGAUUUCAAAGGUUUUAUGAGUCAAUUAGAAUCUUCAAAUUUGAAUGAAAAAUAUAUCACUUCAAAUAUUUAUCAAAAAUAUGAAUUUUUUCAAAAAAGAGAUAGUGAAGAAGAUUUAUUCCCAUCACCAGAACCAAUUAAAAAGAAACAAUCAAAUGAUUUAGAGAAAAAUAUAUUUGAUGAUGAUGAUGAUGAUGAUAUUUUUAAAAAUAAACAGUCAACAGUUACUAAACCAAAACAACCACAACAACAACAAAAACAACCAAUAGUUAAAAAGAAAGUUGAAGAAGAAUCAUUAUUUGGUGAUUCAUCAUUAUCAUUGGAUAGUCCAUUAUUAGCUAGUAAAUCAUCACCACCAAAGUCAUCAGUAAAUUUAUCACCACAAUUAUUUAAAGAGGAUUCAUUCGAUAUUGAUUCUUUCCUUUCAAAUGAUUUCGAUUUUAAAUCUAAAAAAUCAAAUAAUACAACUACAGUGAAAAAAGCUGUUCCUAUUUCAAAAUCAAAACCACAACAACCACCACAAAAAGAAGAAAUUAAAGAGGUAUCAACUCAAAAGGAUAAUAGUAAUAGUAAUAAUAAUAAUGGUUGGGUAUCUGUUGAUGAAAAACCAAAAGAAAGAUCAACAAGUAAAAGUAAAAUUGGUAUUCAAAAGACAGUUACUGUUAAAUCAAAUAAUUCAUUUGAAAAUGAUAUUUUUGGAAGUACUACUACUAAUGAUGAUGGUGGUGAUAAUGAUUUCUCAUUUACACCUGCAACUACACCAUCAUCAUCAUCAUCAACUAAAGCUACAACUACAUCACCAUCAUCAACAACAACUACCAAAUCAAAUAUUAAUAUUGGUCAAAAAUCAAAUAAAUCAGUUGAUCAAGCAGAUCAAUUUUUAAAUGAUAUUUUCCAACAAGAAGAACAAGAUAAAAAGAGAAGAGAAGAAGAAGCAAAAUUAAAACAACAACAAAAACAAAAAGAAAAAGAACAAAUUAAAGAUGAAAUUGAUGAUUUAUUUAAAUUUUCAAAACCAACAACUACCACCACUUCAACACCAUCAAAAUCAACUACUUCAAUUGUUGAUAUUAAUUCAAUUGAAAAGAAAUUUUCAAAAUCUGCUGCUAAUGCCACCACCACUAAUAAUGAUAAUAAUAAUAAUAAUAAUAAUACUUCAUCACCAACAAAUAAAUCUACAAACUUAUUUAAUGAUUGGGAAAAAGAAGAAGAAAUUAAAGUUAAAGAAGAAUUAGAUAAAAAGAAAAAGAUUGAACAAGAAAAGAAAUUAGAACAAGAAAAGAAAUUAAUUGAAGAAAAGAAAAGAAUUGCAGAAGAAAAGAGAAUUUCAGAUGAAAUCCUAGCAAAGAAACAAUUGGCAGAGAAAUUAGAAAAAGAAAGAAUUGAAAAGGAAUUAGAGGAUCUUAGAUUAGCUAAAGAAUUGGAAGAAAAAAGAUUAUUAGCAUUGAGACAAGAGAAAGAGUUGGCAGAGAAAUUGAAAAGAGAAAGACUAGAAAAAGAAGCUGAAGAUAAAAGAAUAGCACAAGAAAUUGAAAGAAAGAGAUUAGAGAAAGAGAAACAAGAUCAAUUGGAAAAGCAGAGAAAAUUAGAACAACAAAGAUUACAAAAAGAAAAGGAUGAAAAAGAGUUGGCUGAUAGAUUAGAAAAAGAAAGAAUUGAAAAUGAAAUUAAAGAGAAACAAAAACAAUUGGAAAAAAUUAAAUUGGAAAAAGAAUUGGCAGAGAAAAAAGAAAAAGAAAGAUUACAAAAAGAAGCUGACGAAAAGAGAAUCGCUGAUCAAUUAGAAUUUGAAAGAUUAUUAAAAUUAAAACAAGAGAAAGAGUUGGCUGAAAAAUUAGAAAAAGAAAGAUUAGAAAAGGAGGCUGCUGCUGAAGAAAAGAGAAUAGCUGCUGAGAAAUUAGAGAAACAACGUUUAGAAAAGGAAGCUGAAGAAAAGAGAAUUGCUCAAGAUUUAGAAAGAAAACGUUUAGAAAAGGAAGCUGAAGAAAAGAGAAUCGCUCAAGAUUUGGAAAGAAAACGUUUAGAGAAGGAAGCUGAAGAAAAGAGAAUUGCUGCUGAAAAAUUAAAACAACAACAAGAAUUAGCUGCAAAACUUGAAAAAGAACGUUUAGAAAAGGAAGCUGAAGAAAAGAGAAUAGCUCAAGAAAAGAGAAUUGCUGAAGAAAAUAGAAUCGCUCAAGAAAAGAAAAUAGCUGAAGAAUUAGAAAAAAAACGUUUACAAAAGGAAGAACAAGAUAGAUUAGCUGCCGCUGAACUAGAAAGAAAACGUUUAGAAAAGGAAGCUGAAGAAAAAAGAAUUGCACAAGAAUUGGAGAAAAAACGUUUAGAAAAGGAAGCAGCUGAAGUAAAGAGAAUUGCAGAUGAAGCAGCAGCAGCAGCAAAAUUAGAGAAAGAACGUUUAGAAAAGGAAGCUGAAGAAAAGAGAAUUGCAGAUGAAGCAGCAGCAGCAGCAAAAUUAGAGAAGGAACGUUUAGAAAAGGAAGCAGCAGCAGCAGAAGAAAAGAGAAUUGCAGAUGAAGCAGCAGCAGAAGCAAAAUUAGAAAAAGAACGUUUAGAAAAAGAAAAGAGAAUUGCAGAUGAAGCAGCAGCAGAAGCAGCAGCAGCAUUAUUACAACAAAAGAUUGAAAAAGAAAAAGAAGAAAGAGAUCGUAUUGCUAAAGAAAAUAAAGAAUUAAAAGAAAAAGAAGAUAAAGAACGUAAAGAACAAAGACAAAGAGAAAGACAAGAGAAAGAACAAGAAAGAGCAAGAGCAUUGAAAGAAAAGAUUGAAAAAGAAAAGGAGAGAUUAAAUCAACAAAAAUUAGAUCAAGAAAAAGAAGAAAGAGAAAGAGAACAACGUGAAAGAAAAGAACAACAAGAACGUGAAGAAAAUGAAAAACAAUUAGAAAAAGAACGUGAAGAAAAAGAACGUCGUGAAAAAUUAAAACAAAGAAAUGAACAAUUAGAAAAAGAAAGACAAGAAAGAUUUAAAAAAGAUCAAGAAGAAAAAGAAAAACAAUUAAAAGAACAACAACAACAACAAAAAGUAAUAAUACCAACAACAACAACAACAACAAUAAGAGAAAGAAGUAAUAGUGAUAGUGAUGCAUUAUUAAAUUUACCAGAUUCAGCAUCAUCAUCAUCUCAUUCUGAAUUGGUUCAUUUAACAUUAGGUAGAUCGAAAGCUAAAGGUAGAAAGAAACCAACAAGAAGAGAAUUAACAAAAGAUGGUAAUAGAAAUAAACAAAAUAUUCCAAAUCUUAAAGAAUUAAAACCAUCUACUGUAAUAAUACCAGAUGAUGACGAUGACCAAUCACAAAAACAACAAUCCGAAGAGGUUGAAGAAAAACCUGUUGCUGUUAAAAAGAUGCCAAUUGGUUUCAAUCCUGGUAUGAUGAUGCCAAAAUUCGAUCCAUCUGCUGUUAAAUUAAAAUCAUCUGCAAAACCUCCUUCAACAAAUACAACUACAACAACAACAACAGCUCCACAACAACCUGUUCAAUUUAAUUUAAAACCAGUUGCACUUAAACCAACUGUAACUCAAACAACAACAACAACAACAACUCCACCAACAACACCACCAUCAUCGAGUGUUCAAUUGAAACCAGCUGCAACCAGAUCAUUCUCUGGCAGUUCAUUUAUGGGUAUAAAUUCAACAACACCAACAACACCACCAACAACACCACCAUCAUUAAAGAAAUCAGCAGCAAAAGAUGCAGGUAUGAAAGCAUUAGAUGUUUUAUUACAAUGGUUAAAAGAUCAAACAGCUGGUUAUGAAGGUGUAAAUAUUAAAGAUUUCACUUCAUCUUGGUAUGAUGGUAUUGCUUAUUUAGCACUAGUCCACAGAUUCAAACCAAGUCUAAUUGGUGAUUGGAAAUCAUUCCCAAAGAAUGAUCGUGUUGCAAAUUAUAAAUUGGCUUUUUCAUUAGCAGAGAAACAUUUAGGUGUAACUGCCUUUAUUGAUGCUGAUGAUUUAGCUCAAUUACCUUCAAUGGAAAGACUCUCAAAUAUUACCUAUCUUUCAGAAUUCUUUAAAGUAAUGAAAAGAGGUGGUUUCUAA